AUGGGUCCCUCACUCCCCUCGCGGAAGCGAAAAGAAAUUGUCGAAGCGGUUGUCGAGUCCGACGACGAAUUCGGCGGCGCUGAACUCGAGGGCAUCUUAUCGCAAAGCGAAGACGAGAGCGGCGUUGAAGAAUCAGAAUCGGAGGGCGAAGAGCCCGAACUCGAUGAAGAUGAGGAUGAAGACGAGGACGAGGAUGAGGACGAAGAUGUGCCAAGUGACGCCGAGCAAGACAAAAUCCCCAAUGGCAAGCACAACAAGAGCGCCUUCGAUGAGGAAGUAGACGACGACAAGCCCAACUACAGAGUCGUCAAAGACGCCAAUGGAGGCGAGCGCUACGAGUAUGAAGAGAUCGACCCCGUCUAUGACAGCGACGAUAGCGACGCCCAGGGCCCCGUCAACACCAUCGGCAACAUCCCGCUCUCCUUCUACGACUCAUACCCGCACAUUGGAUAUGACAUCAACGGCAAGAAAAUCAUGCGGCCUGCCACGGGCGAGGCUCUCGAUGCCCUGCUGGACAGCAUUGAGCUUCCCAAGGGCUGGACUGGCCUGACCGACCCCGAGACGGGCAAGCCGUUGAACCUCAGCCAGGAGGAGCUGGAGCUUCUGAAGAAACUGCAGAUGAACGAGAUUCCUUCUGAUGACUAUGACCCCUAUCCAGACCUGAUUCCCUACUUCACCAGCAUCGAGGAAAAGAUGCCGCUGAGCGCCGCCCCAGAACCUAAGCGCCGAUUCGUCCCCUCCAAACACGAAGCCAAGAGGAUAGCCAAGCUGGUGCGGGCCAUCAAGGACGGCAAGAUCCUGCCCUACCGCCCUCCCGAGCCGGAAGAGACCGAGGAGGAGGAAAAGUACUUUGACAUCUGGGCCAACGAGGAGCCCCAGGACCGCCACAUCAUGCACAUCGCCGCGCCCAAGCUGGCGCCGCCCGGCUAUGAUCUCAGCUACAACCCGCCGCCCGAGUACCUCCCCACGGCCGAGGAGAAGGACGCCUGGGAGAAGCUCGACCCGGAGGAGCGCGAGAAGGAGUACCUCCCCAGCCAGUUCGACGCCCUGCGCAAGGUGCCCGCCUACGGCGAGUUCGUCAAGGAGCGCUUCGAGCGCUGCCUCGACCUGUACCUGGCGCCGCGCGUGCGCAAGAACAGGCUCAACAUCGACCCCAGCUCGCUGCUGCCCAAGCUGCCGCGCCCCGAGGAGCUGCGGCCCUUCCCGACCGUGUGCCAGACCAUCUUCCGGGGCCACUCGAGCCGCGUGCGCACCGUCGCCUUCAGCCCGGACGGCGAGUGGAUCGCCUCCGGCAGCGACGACGGCACGGUGCGUGUCUGGGCGCUCAACGGCCACCAGGAAUGGAGCGCCCAGCUCAGCUCCGCCGACGAGCCCGAGCCCGUCAACAUGGUGCGCUGGCGGCCCAGCAAGGAGACCUUCAUCCUGGCCGCGGCCGCCGGCGAGGACCUCUUCCUCAUUGCCCCGCCCAUCGUCAGCGAGGCCACCGAGCAGGCCAGCCGCGACGUGCUCGACGCCGGCUUCGGCUACGCCACCAACGGCGCAUCAUCAUCAGCAGCGACCACCGCCGACGGCGCCAAAAAGGAGCCUCCCGCCAAAUGGUCACGCCCCAGCUCCUCGUCCCUCGUCGCAAAGGGCGUCCUCCUCAAGGCCACCGUCCGCUCCGCCAUCAAGACCAUCAACUGGCACCGCCGCGGCGACUUCCUCUGCACCGUCUCGCCCACCGGCCAGCGCAGCUCCGUCAUCAUCCACACGCUCUCCAAGCACCUCAGCCAGGUGCCCUUCCGCAAGCUGCCCGGCCUCGCCCAGACGGCCCAGUUCCACCCGACGCGCCCCUACUUCUUCGUCGCCACCCAGCGCAUGAUCCGCUGCUACGACCUGCAGCGCCAGGAGCUCCUCAAGGUCAUCCAGCCCGGCGCCCGCUGGAUCUCCUCCAUGGAUGUCCACCCGGGCGGCGACAACCUCAUCGUCGGCUCCUACGACCGCCGCCUGCUGUGGCACGACCUCGACCUGUCCAACCGCCCCUACAAGACCAUGCGCUUCCACCCAGAGGCCAUCCGCGCCGUAAAGUUCCAUCGUGGCCUGCCCCUCUUUGCCGAUGCCAGCGACGACGGCUCGCUGCAAAUCUUCCACGGCAAGGUCGUAAGCGACUUGAUGGAGAACGCCACCAUUGUGCCCGUCAAGAUGCUGAGGGGCCACAAGGUGGAAAAGAAGCUGGGUGUCAUGGACGUGGACUGGCAUCCCAAGCAUCCUUGGAUUGUGAGUGCUGGUGCCGAUAUGACUUUGAGAUUAUGGGCAUAG